AAGAGAAAAAAUAUUUACACAGGUAAUUUAAGCACUGACAAUGGUUUUUGAUUACAAUUAAACCUGCUUUGUAUGAUAAAGGUGGGGUAAAUUAAAAAUACGAUUUUCACUUCAUGUAAUAUUUCGAAUCUCCCACCAAAUUUUUUAAAUUUAAAUAUUUCUUAACUAUUACAUACCUUUUACAUAUUGACAUUAAAAAAGAAAGAAAGAAAAAAUAAAUGAAUUAAUUUGGUGUGUCAGUCAAAUACAAUUUCACGAUUUCACUUUGAUAGUUUUUUUUUUUUAAAAACGCAAAAAAUAUUUUCUUGAGAUAGAAAAAAAAAAUGAUUUCUAAAAUCAUAAUUUCAUCGAGGAACUACAUUAGAUACUCAAAUUUAUCGAAUAGAUUCGUCCCACUUGUUUGCAACGCGCAAGGAAAUAUUUUAAUAAGUAGAUACUUCUCUUCCACGAAUUCUUUCAAUGCAACAAAGAGGGCUCCAGUUCCAAAGCAUGAUUGGAAUCGCGCAGUUAGUGAAGCUGAAAGAAUAGUUGGUUAUCCAACAUCAUUUUUAAGUUUGAGAUGGCUCCUCAGUGAUGAAAUAGCUAAUGUUGCAUUGCAUCUAAGAAAAUUAGUUGGAAGUAACCAUCCGUUACUCAAAACUGCCAAGUAUUUACUUUACAAUGGAAAAAAUACAAUGCAAGCAUGGGGAUUAAUUGUUUUAUUAAUAUCAAAAGCAGCUGGUCAUGCACCAUCAAUUCCAGAUAUGGAGCAAGACAAAAGUGCUGGAGUUCUUCACUCUCAACGAGCUUUAGCUGAAGUUACUGAAAUGGUUAGAAUUUCACAUUUAGUACAUAAUAGUUUAGUUAAUCUGCACAAAAGUGGCGAACUUUCUCAAGAUUUACCUACUCUAGAAGAUAUGACAUUUGGAAACAAAAUUGCUUUACUAGGUGGUGAUUAUCUAUUAGCACAUUCAUGUGCAGAACUUGCAAGGCUUCGUAAUCAAGAAUUAGUCGAAUUGAUUUCAUCAGCUGUUCGAGAUUUUACCGAAGCUGAGUUUAUCGGAGAAAGAGAUGGUCAAAACAAUCCAUUACCGUCUAAACCAGAAAAGAAAGAGAAACUUUCUGAAAUUAAUAUGGAUUAUGAUAUUUCAAAAGAUAUUGUAGAAACUGAUUGCCUAAUUCCUUUAGAUGUUAAGAGUGCAAUGGGUAUUCCCGAAAAGGAAUGGGCACUUAGGCACAUAUUGAAUGCAGGUAGUUUAUUGGGAAAAAGUUGUCAAGGUGCUUUGAAAUUAGCUGGCUUACCAGAAAGCUCCCAAAAACAUGCGUUUUUAUUUGGUAAACACCUUUCAUUAGCUUGGCAGGCCUGCUUAGAUGCUGAACCAUUUCAACAGAGUACUCUUCCUCUUGAUACUACCUUUAGUCUAGUAAGUGCACCAAUACUUUUUCACUUGGAAGAGGAUCAAUCUUUGUACGACGAAAUUGAAAAAGGCAAAAAAUGUGUUGAUAAAGUUGAUUAUGAAAAGAUUCAUAGUAUAAUAAUUAGAGGCCCUGGUGUCCAAAAAACAAAACAACUACAAAAGAAACACACAAAUGCGGCAAUGAAAGUUUUAGAAAAAUUCCCUCCAUCUGAUGCAAGAACAGCUUUGGAAAAUAUUCUUUUAGCAAUGCAAGAUUUAUGAGAGUUACAGAUGUAACAUUUUCGUUUCUUUUUUUCAGUUUAUUUUUACAACAUUUUGUUUAAAAGUACCUAUAUGUAUUAAAGUUAUAUAUUGAAAUUGCAAGUCAAAAUAUUUUUUAUACAUUUAUAUAAAUAAAAUUGUUUUAUAACUUAUA